AUGAUUAAAAUUUGGCUUUGGGAAGACAUUGAAGCUGUCAUUUUGCUCUUCUUAGUAGAGCGUGACUAUUGGUUUCUGAAGAAGCUAGACUCAAUUCAGAGGCAGUUACUCUGCAGCUAUAAAUACCUACUGCAUCGGCGAAUGAGUUUUAAAAAGUUACCUGGGCGUAGCCUAAAGUGUAAUGCCUUGAAAAAAUGGGCAUUACAGAAAAGGAAAGGAUUACAAACCAAUUCGACAGCAGCAAAACUGAGAGAUGAUCUUAAUAACGGCAAAACAAAAUCAAAAAGUCAACCUGGUAUAAGACGGCGAACUUCAAGCGACAAACGAUCUGAAAAUUCCGCUGAUGACGAGGAAGCAGUUAAAUACUAUACGCAGAUAAAGAUAAAUCCUGUUACAAUGUCUCCAGCUAUACUGUUCAGAAACCGGCUUCUGAUUUGUAAGGAAUGUGAAUUGAUGUUUGCAACAAUGGACGGUAUUCGAAGUCACAAUGAUCAACAUUUUAUAGAAGCUCGUGAUUAUUUAGAUAACUUUUUAAAGCAACAACAACAGCAGCAGCAACAGCAACAACAACAAAAUUCUAAAGUUGAUAAUUGUGCUCAAGUUUCUACAUCAAAACAAUCAUCUAUAUUUAUGUCAACAUUUGCUCCAACUUCUGUUACUGCCCCAAAUUUCGUUGUUACAACAGCUCAUGAAAUGAUAGCAUCAUCAAUGGUGGCUACAACAACUGAAUCAAAUACAGCAGCAGAAAUCCCAGUUGUAUCAGUGCCUCAGUUGACCACUGACACUGAUUCGGUUAAUUAUUCUGUACCUGAGGAUCCUGCAGUACGACUGCAUUCAGUUAACAGCAAUUUACAGUUGAACGCGGCAGACAGUGUAUCCAUCGAUGUACUGACACCGACAAUUAUGGGUAUUGGCGAUAAUACUGAUAUACAAAAGUACAUGGAAACGUUUGAUGUUCAUGAACAAAUUGAUUUCUUGUAA